AUGUCUGCUGAAACACAGCGCCGAGGCUGGCCUUUGGCGAGUCAGAGCGCUGUAAUUACAGUAGAGGCUGUCACUGCAGCGCCGGGUUUAGUGGAUCAGACCGGACUGCUUGGCUGCCCCUCUGGCCUCUGUCUGGCCGGCGAGCUAAGCCUGACUGGGCAACAUGUGCCCCUCCAUCGACGCAAUAGCUGUACCUUGUCAAAACGCAUCUCAACCAAUUGCCCCUCCAUGCCCAAACAAAAAUCUCGUCCUCGGGUUUUCCUUUUAAACGCGCAUCUCCAAGCUCGCUGCCUUUGGUUUCUCCUUCAUUAUACAUCUUCUCUAUAUACCCCCUUCACCAUGGAGUUUGACACCAAGACCCGCAAAUCCGUCACCAGUGACCCCCUCUCCUUUGCCAGCGAAUCCGUUCGCAAGAGGUGGCCCGUCAUUCUGACUGGCGCUGUCGACGACAUCUACAAGAGCAUCUCCCAGACCGACGACGCUGAGAAGCAGGCCGAGGGCAAGAAGAUUGUCGAGCAGCUCGGCGCUCUCAAGUACGAGGUUGAGCACAACAAGCCCCUGACGCCCAUUGUCGACGAUGGCUUCUCCGACGAGGUCGCCGAAUACAACAAGGAGGUGGCCGCCCUCGGCAACCCUCCAACCUGGCACGACGUCCCCUGGCUGUUUUCCGAGUGCUACAUGUACCGCCGCAUAAGCACAUUCUUCUCCACCACCAAGCACUGGAAGGAGUACGAUCUCUUUUACCGCCAAAAGAUGGACACGUUCCGCACAUCGCGCAACGCAGUCCUCGAGCUCGCGGCCCGCUACAAGGAAUUCGUCACGGAGCUCGAAAAGGGCAAGGAGGCCACGCACAACCUCGAAGCCGAGAAGACGCUCUUUACCGAAAUGUUCGAGGUCUGCCUCUGGGGCAACGCCACCGACCUGUCCCUGCUCACCAACAUGACGUACGAGGACAUCCAGAAGAUGCAGGGCAGCGCCGCACGCAAGGCCGCCGAGAAGAACAUCAUCGCCAACGACCUGCCCGAGGUGUACGACUCCCUGCGCAAGGCUCGCGCCGACGGCAAGGCCGAGCGCCGCGUCGACUUUGUCCUCGACAAUGCCGGCUUCGAGCUCUGGGUCGACCUCGUCCUCGGCGGCUUCCUGCUGGCCUCGGGCCUGGCCACGCAAAUUGUGCUGCGCCCCAAGUCGAUCCCCUGGUUCGUCUCGGACGUGCUGCCCGCCGACUUCAGCGGCCUGCUCAAUGCCAUCCAGGACCCGCGCGCCUUCUUCGAGACGCCGUCCGAGGACGACAAGCUGCAGGGCAAGACGCCCGCCAAGCUGUCAGACAAGGAGGUGGCCGAUCUCGAGUUUGUCUUUAAGCACUGGACCGAGGCCCACGCCGAGGGACAGCUCGUCAUGCGUCCGGACCGCUACUGGACUACCGGCGGCAGCUUCUGGCGCCUGCCGCACCAGAGGCCCGAUCUGCUAGACGACCUCAAGCAGUCUGAGCUCGUCAUCUUCAAGGGCGAUCUCAACUACCGCAAGCUGACUGGCGAUGCUUGGUGGAGUCCUACCACACCGUACACUGAGGCUCUCGGUCCCAUGGGUCCGGCCUCGGGCGCCAACAUCAUGUCGCUGCGCACCGUCAAGGCCGAUGUGGUCGUCGGCCUGCCCGACGGCAAGGACGAGGAGCUCAAGGCCACGCCCAACGGCGGCGGCGACACGGGUGCCCGCAAAUGGGGCUGGCACGGCAAGUGGGCUGUUGUGUCCUUUUCCAAGGGACACUAA